AUUCACAAUAUAAACAAUUGCAAAUCAGUCUUGAAUCUGGUUGAGUCAAGCACUUGAGUUGUAAAUGUCCUCGCUAUCAACAAAUAACUGAAAUUCUCACCAACAAUCUUAGUUUUGUCUACUUGUUCAAUGUUGACAAUCAUUUCACCACCAGAUCAAAAUUAGGGCUAGACAGGAACAAAAAAAACAUAAUCAUCAACAAUAACAGAAUUAUUUUUCAACAUUGGGUUCCAUAAUUUUACUGACACAUUGGUUUAACUUCUAUUCCUUCUUAAACAUGGUUGAUCAAACAAUCGAAAAUAAUUCACAGGUGAAUUCGACUAAAAACAAUCCUGGACGCAAAAGAAUCAAAGGCAAUUUAAGUUAUCGCCAUCUUUACGGUAAUCCAAAUUUACGAUUUAUUGGUAAACCCCCUUCUUCAUCUCCUGGAUUAAUUAAUGGACAUGAGAGUCCAACUCACUCUUUCAUCACAGAUGUUGCCGAUGUCAGACAAAUGGAACAAGGGUUAUUAAGACUUCUCAGUGAUUUUCAUUCUGGAAAGCUUCAAGCUUUUGGUCAAGAUAUUACAUUUGAAAAGAUGGAAAGUGUUCGGGAACAACAGGAAAAACUUGCGAGACUUCAUUUUGAUUUGAACAACCAACAAGAACUACAUGAUACUGAAGAUGGAAGACGCUUAGCAAAGGAAAAUAUGUCCAAACUAAUUGAAAGCCUACAACAAUUAAGCUUCUCAAUUGAACAACUACAAUCUCGAUCAACUGGAAGGACAUCAACUUUCAAAACUUAAUUUUACAACUUUAAUUGUGAUACUCUAUUCUAUUCAGUCCUAUCCAACUGCGACAAUCUUUAGUACAUUAAUUUAAUGGACUCUGAUCAUGUAAAAAUAUCAGAAAAACUUGUGAUUAUUCGUCUUAAUACUGUGACUAUCAAUUUUUGGCAAGCUUUUCUGCAACUUUAAUUUCUCGUUAAUUUCUGUGAUUUUUCAUUAUUCAUUUAUUUUCUACAUUUUUUUCCUCGACCUUUUUUUUAAUUUCAACAAUUCCAUUAUGCUAUUGCUAUCAAAAGAUUGAAAGUGUUUUGUGAAUGUUCAAAAAACAAAAUGCUUGGCAUAAAAUAUAAUUAGUAAAAUUUAAUUUAA